CGCAUGUGAACGAACAUCCCCUAUAUACUCUACGUCAUCUCGUAUCAGUUCGGAGAUGAUCUGCAGUCUACAUGUGGCUAAAAUUAUAAAUUUAAUCAGGUGACUCGCUCUGUCAUCAAGUUGUCUAAAAAGAACAGGGGCCGUCUCUCUUCGUCGAUCACGCCGUCAUGCCCGAGUCCGAUCUUAAACAGUUUGCUGAGAACGAUUUUGACGUCAAGAAAUGGGUGAAUGCGUCACUAUCUGCUGAUGACAGGGACGAUGCGAUCGAUCAGCAAGCGUCCGAUCUAGUGCUGCAGCUCCAAAUGUGGUAUCAUGAGCUAGCACAAUCACUAGACAAUGACUGCAAACAAACAAUCCAGAAUGUUCCGCGCGCGCUGAUCGAUGUCGAAACACUGAGGUAUGACACCCUUGCGCUAUGGGAGAAGCUAGAUGCAGCGCGCGAAGACAUAGAAAAGGUCGAGGAAACAACUGGCCAGUCCAUCCUCACCUUAUCCGAGGUUGACACAGUCAAGCAGCGCAUGGUUUCUACCAACAACGCACUGUCAAUGGCACAGAAGUGGACACAGCUGUUACAGCAGCUCAACGCGAUGGCAGACACGAUUGAGAAUCUGAGUAUCGCACCAGGUCUAGCUACAGAAGAACUCCAGGCUGCACCGAAUUCCGAAGAAAAUAGCACAAAUACCGCACAAGAUACCUCCACGGCCAGUCAAGGCGACACGCUUCAGACCACCAAGACAUCAGGAGCAUCAUACAGAGACGGUAUCUUGGAAUACCACGCGCUUGUAAGUGAGCUGCGAGCGUGCUUGGCAUAUUUGAAAAAGGUAUCAGAUUAUGCCGAACGUAAGUCCGUGCUCAAUGGAUACGAAAUGAAGCUCGAAAAAGCCAUCCGCCCACGCCUGGUGGAUGCACUCACGGCACAUUCACUGGCAGACACUCGCACGUAUCAGAAGCUGUUGGAGGGUAAAGCAGAGACGGACACAAACAGCUCCGAUGCACCAGCUACAGGAGGUGAGAUUUCGCGUGAGGCAGGCCCGCCAGCGAAAUCUCUCGUCAGUACUGUAUUCGUGGAGAGCGCGUCAUCAGCUAUUCUGAAGGACUGGCAGCCAACUGCAAGCAGCCUUACAACUGGCAGUGGUAUGUCGCCGAGUGCCUCGCCCCGUGCUCAACAGCACUUGCGUGUCAAUUCACCACGGCAGAUGGCGCUUGAAGGUUCACCAGUCAAUCAGGCGCAGGCGUAUGUGGACGACAUCACCGCGCUGUAUGGGCUCAUACUGACCUAUCUGACCACUGAGAAGCCAUGGGUGGACUCUCUGUUUGGCGCAAACGGAAUGGCGCAGACUGUGCAGUGCGAGCUCGUGGGUCAAGUGCUGUCCACCUCAAAGCCAUCAGUCACUACAGCCCUAAAUGCAAUCUCUUCUGCUGCCGCACCGGCUCCCUCCAAGUCACAAAAACCACCGGCCAGGGAUGUACUGCCAUCACUGGUAGCCGCACACUCGGCAACACAGGACUUCAUAGACUUCAUCGAUCCUAUACUCAUCCGCCGUAAGGGCGAAGACACACACGAACCUCGCAAACGUAUGAUGCACUUGGCAUUCUCUCCGUUCUGUCCGCACCAACGGAGAUUCGGCACUCUGGUUGAAAUUUAUAUGACCAGACUCGUCGAGAAACUCCUGCGCUUCCCACAGGUGGGUUAUUUGGACACGGUUCGGCGUGUGGCUGAAUCUGUUCCGCUGCUGUUCGGUGUCGUUGAGUCUGGGCGAGAUGCGUGUUUCCAGUUCACGUACGGUCUCGGAUAUAAAGCAUUGUGUCAGGCAGUGGAUAACAUUAUGGAAGCAUACUUCUACAAGAUGAAUGUGCUGUUGACAUCGCUCCGCAGCAAAUGUAAUCUCGAUAGUACAGCCAAUUCAAACGUCACAAACUCCGCAGACUCUGCCACACCCAAAUCUACAGACAGCGAGACCGACUACCUGCCCUAUGGUCAACAGGACUGGUCCCACUUUCAAGGUGCACUCAUGCUGCUUCAGGCGUGUGGCGACAUGAUCCACAGAUGUCACAAACUGAAGUCAGUCAUCAUGUCGCAGUCUCUGCCGUUUGCGGUCUCUAUCUUUGAAGAUGAAUUGGAGCAGCACAACAACCGGAGCCAUCGCACACCAACGCCUGACUCCACUCUGGACUCAGCUGAAUGCGAAGAAUUCGAUCUCACGGCUCCCUACAACUAUCUGGCGGGCAACCCCACACAAUUUAAUGCAGCCCUUGCCGACUCCAAAGCCAUCUUACAGUAUUACCGAUCCACACACACAACCGGAGGCUCACCAACUGAUGGUGCCAAGCACAACCUGCUAGCCUCAACUGAGAAGCUGGUCAAUGGCUUUAACGACGCUGUACACACGCUCGCAUUCGACAUCAUCUUCGUGCACGUAGAACGAAUGUUGGCCGCUGUGCCAAACCUCACAUCGUGGACGUCAAAGCCAAAUAAGUCAGGUGCUGGCUUCAGCCUGAUGCAACAGAACUAUAUCACACACGUGGGGCAGCAUAUGCUUACCCUGCCGCAGCAACUAGAGCUGUUUAACGAGUGUGUGGACGAUGUCACGGCGAAUGAGAAUCUGACGGCUGCGCUUGUUUCCGGGUCACUUCCGAAGUACUACACAUCGCCCGUGGAGGUGGUGAAAGACACAGAGAUGGCCGAUUUGAACACUGAUGCGAACGCUGAGGAAACGGAUGACAAUAUCUACGCACACAAAUGGUUGGAGGCGGUGGCUCAGGCCACAAUGAAGCGCUACUGUGACCGCAUCCUCCAGAUCGGCUCACUGUCCAACAGUGGAUGUUUGCAAUUGUCUAAAGAUAUAGAAUACCUUACCAAUGUCCUGAAUGUUCUCGAUGUGGAUGUUACGGUGGAGCUGGCGCACAUCAAAGCCGUUAUGGAUGCCCCGGAAGCAGAACGAAAUGCACUGAUCGGGUCUUAUGCCGAAUAUGAAAGUGUGCGAAACAUCAACGAGUUGAUUCGCGAUAUACUAAAUUCAAACAAUAAAUGAAUGAUGGCUAUUUGACAUGUAUAAAUUAGUUAUUAGAAAAUGAUCGCACCUUGAACGAGUGGGAUGGUGACUUCCUUCUCCGUAGGGCACGACGCCUGUCAAUCAUCGACUAACUAAUUUAUACGUGUCAAAUAGAGCACGUUGCCAAUAAC